UAAUUACAGAGAUUAAUAGUUUAGUGUUUUGUAUAUUUUUCCGGUGUAGCAUUAUGCUAAUACUAGUUCUAUGUUUAAGUUUAGCAUAUUCAUCACCAAUAUCAGAAAACAUGUAUGUUGUGACGAUGAAGAAUGGAUCUAGUUUUUUGAUGAGAAUGCCAGAUAUAGAUGUAUCUGUAACACCGAGACUACCAGAUGUAGAUGUAUCUGAAGCACCGAGACUACCAGAUGGAGAUGUAGCUGUAACACUGAGACUACAACAUGGAGAUGUAUCUGUAACACCGAAACUACUAAAUGGAGAUGUAUCUGUAACACCGAGACUUCCAAAUGGAGAUGUAUCUGUAACAUCUAGACUACCAGAUAGAAAUGUAUAUUUAAAACCUUCUCUUCCUUCAUCAACAAUCCAACCUAGGACAGCCAGAACUACACACUUAACUAACAUGGUUGGUCUGGUAGGAAGUGAUUAUGGUAUAAACUGUGAAACUAUGAAGUGUAAUUGUGAUGGAACACGAAAAAAACGUCAGGUAGAGGCCUGCUGCAACUGUAAUGACAUAAAUCGUAAGUAAGCAGAGGGUAGAGAGGGUAGAGAGGUAGAAUAGAGGGUAGAAUAGAG